CGCAACACGUAUAUUCUAAGGUUGUAAUAUACGUGCAAUAGUUUCAGACGUGCCUCUGAUGUACGGUAUAGUCGCUGUCGUAACAGGGCCAGAGUUGGUCUGAGAGUUGGAAUCAGUGUUACUGUGAGUGUUCCGUCUAACAAAGUCCGUGUUGUAAUUGUUCUUACUAAAAACGUUGUUAAGAUAAUCAGUCUCGUCUUGUAGGCUGUCAGGUGGGUCGCAAACUAGUUGCGCUCGUCUCGUCAGAGUCCGGACAGUAGUAGCCUUGUGAGAGGUCGGGUUGUGCGAAGACUGGUCUAGUAAUCGGUCGGUAUGUGUCGGUUUUCUGUAAAUAGUCGUUUUUAGUUUGUUGUUGUCGCGAGCGACCAAGCAGUCUAUCUUACCAUUUUCUUCGAUCUCCUUGGUGAACUGUAUGUCCGCGUUCUCUCUGUUAAGGUGUUCGUAAAAAUCGUCGACUAUCUAUUAACGUCUUACUUUAGAAAGCUGGUUUACUAACUUAGAACAAACGCCACUGAAUCGUAGUCAACAGUUACCAGCGCCGUACAAACGACUUAUUGACGAGAUCAAGCAAAACUAACUACGAGACAACAACUGGAGAACUAACAAUUUGACUAACAAUAGACGACUGUUUAACUGCGACAAUAGACGGAUCGAAACGCACCAAUCACUGAUUACGAGUCUUCAUAGCCAAUAACAUCACGGCUUAACUGACAGACGACCAAUAACAUCACGACAUAAUUGACCAAUCAGAUCAAUAACCAGAGUAUAAUACCAUCAACUGACGUGAUACAACUCACUUUGACUCUGAAGAUGACCACCGCCCAGGUUGUCGAAACGUCAGUCACUGUCAACAACAACAGUCCUAUUCAGGACUACGUUCACCCGGACGAUCAAACUCAACCUUUUGAAAUGACUCCUGGGUUCAAACCUUUCACAAUGGUUAUUCUGUUAAGGAUAGAGGUUUUAUUUUUAACAUCGUCUACAGACGUUUGCUGUGCUGUGCUCUCACCAGGAUGUCGGUACCACUCGCUGCCUUUUCAGCACUUUUCAAGCUGACACGGCAGUCUUUAUUCACACAUUCCCUUUUAGUUUUUGACAUGCUGGUGUUACACACUGGACAGAUGCGAAUUCCUUCUCUUGACUGCAUUUAUGUCACCCUUUGGUCAAUGUCAUCGGUCCAUAUUCCGUCAGAUGUAGUAUGCUCUUUCACAACUUUUUGCAUAAUUCUUGUUCUAUAAAGAAUAAAAGAAAAUGCAUGAUUGUACACACAUGCGAUAUUAUCUUAUUUUAUCAAAAUUAUAUAAAUAGAACUGAAUCAGUGCACAUUUGCAAUUCAGUUCAAAGAGCAAUAUACAUGCACACAUCAGUACCAUGGUUUCAUAAGGUGUUUAAGUCAAAUGAUAGGAAUUCAGCUGAGGGAGAUACAUGCACUUAGUUGGGAUAUAAUCCUAGCUACUGUACUUCAUGUUCAAUGGCAUCACUAUUUCAAUUUAUUUUAUGAAGGAAGUAAAGGAAGGCUAUGCCGGCUUAGAUAGCUUUCCCAUUUCAUAAAUUUUCACAUCGUCACACCCUUUUUAAUAUUGCAUUUACUGUUUUACCCCGUUUUUACCCUUUUUACUGUUUUUCCCCUUUGUAAUAUUUGUAAAUUAGUUUUAUAUAUUUUAGGGGAGGGCCAGUGGCUUACCUGUUUUUAACUGUAAUGUGUCAUCCUUGGUAAAUAAAGUUAUUACUUACUCAUUAUUACAGUCUGUUGUACACUAUUUAUGUCAAUAAUAAUAUUAAUAAAGCCCUUCAUGAUUACCUCUUUUUGCAAUAUUAGGACAUCAUCAGCUGUUGCAGAGUAAUCGUCAAUAAGUCGUUGUCUCUCAGGAGAGUUAACCUUUGCCCCUGCCAGUCUGUUGCACCAUUUUCUGUAAAUUACAAAUGUUAACGUCACGUCUUCAAAAAUGACUUAAAACUACAGCACUUCUAAAAACACAUACUGUAUACAAAUGUAAAAUACAAAGUUAGCCACAUGUAGUGCAUAUAGUAUUAAAGCUUUAAAGGGCAGUCACAGGCACACAGUUACUCUGCCCCCAUUUUCUCGUUGAUUCUUUUUGUCCUUGGUUUAAAUUUUACUUUCCUUUGUUACAAUCUCAUUAUCACAUAUCAAAAAAAUAAAUAAAUAAAUAAAACAAAGAAAAAUUAAAAUCCAGACCAGGAUAACAUUGAACCACAACUAUACAUGUACAUAUACAGUGUACAAGAAAACUCUACAUGUGAACAUGCACAUAUAAGGAGUUCAACUGCUGGCCUACUCCCAUCCCCGCUGAACUGGAAAUUGCCAGAAUUUGGCGAAUUGGCAGUGACAUUUUCAAAACAGUAGAAAUUCCAAAGCCCAAGGCAUGGUCAAGGGCAGUAGGUAAUAAUAUCAAAGAAAUGCUUCACAAAGUGUUUUCAUUACCUUGGUGCAAGCUUUUCAUCCGUUUGCAAAUCUGCAUCACCCUAGCCAACUUCUGCACAACAUCCACUUGUCAAGAUGCUCAUCUGGCUAUGGUUAUCCUUACGAACAGUCCACUUCUUUAACAGAACCUGGUCAUUAUCAAUUGCUGUCAAAAUGUCAUUCUUUGGCAUGGCAGGAAUUUCCAUCGUCAGCCCAUUCAACCAGGAUUUCAUAACUUUGUACUGUGCACCCGGAUGACGUUUCCAAUAAAUACCAUCAGCCAUUCUACUCCGUGCUGUUAAGUACAUUACAAGGUUGGCUCCAAACAUGACUGGGCUUAUAAAGUUGAGCUUCACCAAACUUUGCAUGUGGUCUACUACUAUAACUUUUUUGACAGGCUUGGUUCUGUCAUCACUCAAGCCACUGACUGCACUUUUCAAAGGCGAAUUUGUAUGUUGAAGAAAGCCAGGAUUCUGGAGUUACUUUCAGUAAAUUAUCAAUGUUUUUGUAACUCAAAUCAACAUUGUCACAUUUACGAUUCUCUCUUUCGAGGCAAAAUAUUGUCUCAACCAACUGUAAAAUGAACUGCCUUUCAAGGUUUUUUACUGAAGAAAACAUAUCUUCAGGAAUAAUAAAUACUAAUCCAAAGAGAGAGCAAAUGUUCUGACAAAGCUCUCUUGCCAGUUCUAUGUCAAGACGAUGUAGAUUUUCUGAAAGUUCACCGGAACAGGUUGCAAGACUCUUUCUCUGACUCAUCAUCAGGCUCUUUCCCCGCUAUCUGUGCCGCUUUGAUUUCCAGAAACCAAUCGCUUUCUCUUCUUACUGGGUCUAGGUCUUUGCGUUCCUCUGUGCAUAUGCUGCAAUUGCUAUCAUUGUGGGGCUCCCAAGUAAAUGGAAUUUUGGCGAGGGGAACGGAAGAUGAUUUCCUCAGGCGAUAUAAAAACCUUACACAGCCCCCACAAACAUUGGAUGGGUGGAUAGCGUUACUGUACUGUCGUCCUCAACAUUAACGCCAUAGUAUUGUUUAAAAUCUUCUUUAAUUUUUUCCUUUGGUCUGGAGGUAUUUGAAGACGCGAUCUUGCCACAAAGGCGACAUAACUUUGAAAUUCUGCUUCUAUGGGCAUAAUCUGCCAUCUCAGCACCUUGAGGAAGACAUCAAUCAAAUAUGGCCGACAUUAUUGAAAGCGCAUUGCGAAUAAAAAUACCUGAUGCACUUUUUUCAGAGAUUGUGCACAACAACAGAAACAUGCUGCAUCGAAAGCAUAAACCUUGGAUAUAACGCCAGAUUUUUUGCAACUCUCACAAAAAUCGACAAGUACAUUAAAUUUAACAACGAAGUGGAAAAACAUACCUGAUCUCGGAACAAAAAUCUGAUGGACGAUUCACUUUGAGAGGGAAAUUUACUUCAAUACGAGUGAUACACAUCUGUCAUUUUGAAACAUGUGAAGCUCCUGGGCCUUGCCGAACAGAACCAUGGGUAUCUGACGAGUUUACACCGAACAAGAUCGGACAAAAUCUCGGAUAAAGAAAGGCGAGUACGAAAAUUCCCGACUUUUGAAAUGGCCACCAUGUUGUGACGUCACAUGGUUAUCAAAUUUGAUAACGAUCCUGGACUGUCAAAAGGAUGAAAGAGGAUCCCAUUUGUUAAGGCCUUGAAUGACAGUUCAGUCCUUGUUUCUUGGCAAGCUAAAAAUGAAGACUAAAACAGGACCAUUCUCUACUUCUUUUCUCUUCUUUUUUUCUCUGCCAUAUAUUUUUAUUUAUUUCCAAAAGCGUGAUUCCAUUCUCCUUGUGCAAGAUCCAUAAUGGCUCUUGCCCAGUGGGAAUCAUAAAAUCGGACCCUGGUUACUUUACUGAUAGUUUACCGAUAGUCAUGAAAACUCCUUCGACGAAUUUUAACAGUUAAGUUGAGCAUUGCAUGAAAUAAUUAAGACUUGAAAUUGUCCAUAAAUAUACAGUUACAUCAGCCUCCAUUCGAAUCAGCACAAUUUUCUCUUUGUUGCUGCACCAUUUAGUUGGAGGGAAGUUUGGUUUCAGCUUAUCCCUGUACUGGAGCUUAGUUAGUUCGCUAUAAUUCAGUCCUAUAGUACCGGUUAUUUAGUUUUUCAAAGUUCGAUCUAUAACGUUUGAUAUAAUUAAUGCUUGGAAGACAUAUUUGUUUGCAAUGAAGCAGUGAUCUUGUCAUUCACAAAUAAUUUCUUUGCUAACGUUAAGUUCUUUGGCCAAUAAGAGGGUGGAUUGGCAAUAUUAACAACAUGGGAAGGAAUUGUUUGAAAACAACAGUGCAACUAGAAUUCUCUUUUAUUUGUUGUCAUUUUGACUGCCUAUACAGUCAACUCCCUUUACAGCGGACACUACAGGGACCUCGAGUUAGUGUCCUCAUUAGCGAGAGUCCGUAAUACAGUCAACUCUCGCCUUGCGGACACCCCACUAUUACGGACAUCCCGAUAAAACGGACGGUAGCUAAAUCCCGGGCAAAAACAAAAUACAGAUGUUUGACUGAAAUAAACUCUCACUAUUACGGACUCUCGCUAAUGAGGACACUAACUCGAGGUCCCUGUAGUGUCCGCUGUAAAGGAAGUUGACUGUAGUGAGAAUUUAUUUCAGUCAAACAUCUGUAUUUUGUUUUUGCCCGGGAUUUAGCUACCGUCCGUUUUAUCGGGGUGUCCGUAAUAGUGGGGUGUCCGCAAGGCGAGAGUUGACUGUAACCAGAACACUUAAUUAUUAAUUGAUCUCUUAAUUUGCAUGACUGAAAUUUCUUAUUUUCUGCACAAGUUAUUAGCGGAAAUUAACUUGCAGUAGAGGGAAUUGAGCGACGGGGAACAUGUAAGUUCCUCUUCAAAGUUGGGGCUCUCUUCCCACUGCUAAAAUAUAAACAUCAGUUACACGUAGGUCCCUGCUCUAAGACAAAGACCCCGAAGGGAACCUCAGAGGAAAACUCCCGCACAAGUAGUAUUUUUUACCCAUAAAAUUACGAAGCCAUUGUUUCUUUCUUGUUCAGAUAAUGGUCGUACACUAGAGUUCCCAGGACCUUUCUCCUUUAUUAGCAAGCGUUUGGUGAACCACACUAUAGGAACUAAAAUUGUUGCUGAAUUUGAGAACUGCAAGCUGCAUUGUUACUAUGAACACAACUGCGUGAGUGUCAACUAUCAUGUGAGCACAAAAACAUGUGAGUUGAACAACGCUACUCAUCGAUGGCAUAAUAACGAGUUCAAAGAUGAAAAUGGUUACCUCUAUCAUGGAGCAGAUGUAAGUUAUUUCUUGUUAACUGCUCUCCUUCCCCUCCCGUCUUUUAAGGUGAAAAGCAAAAUUUCUGCUGAUUAUAUCACCUCACCCUAAUCAUCCAGCUACUCGUUUGCUUCAUUUACUAUGUUCUCUGUUUCUCGUUUAAGAAUGCCUGUGAAGAGUUCAAUUGUUUAAAUGGAGGAACCUGUCAAUCCGGGUUCACAGUAGAAAGAUAUCGCUGUUUGUGCCCUCCUGGUUUUAGGGGUAAGCGCUGUCAAAAAGGUAAGAACUCAAUACUAAGCCAUAUAAUGUAAUCUGAAAGUGCAGGCAAUCAAUUCAAUGACUGGCCGAAAUUUAAUUUUUAGACAUGUGCACAAGGAAAUCACGGAUGUGACGUUAACGCAUUAAGAAACAAUACUGAUGGAUCUUAAAACCAUUUUUGCAAACCAGGAUUCGAAGGAGACAGUUACAAUUAUACUGGAAUGAUACUCUGCGAAUGUUCCACCUUUCCAACCAAUACCUAAGUUUGUUUUUUGUUGUUGUUUUUUCUCUAACAGGUGGAACAAGCGUGAGAGGGAUGCGCGUUCUUUCAACCACAAAAAAGUCAUUUUGCUACGCAAUUUCUUCAGUGGGACUUAAACUGAUGAUCAAGCAUUCCUUAUUUUUUCUUCGGCGGAGAGACAAAACAUUUAGAGAUAUAUAGGGAGGGCAUGUUUGCUGGCUGAAAGGACUUGAUUAUGCUAUAUAUGUCUAUUAUAUAGAAUGAAGUGUUUAUGCUAAUUUCCCCUUCUUUAGUGCCAAUUUAUUGCAAUUUUGUUUCAGACAUAGACGAAUGUCACACAGAUUUUAAAAACUGUCACCAGAAAGCUCUGUGCCAUAAUACCCAAGGAUCAUUCACUUGCUCCUGUAAGCCAGGGUACGAAGGAGAUGGAUACAAUUGUACAGGUAAAAUUCUUUAACUUUUUUAAAAUCCAUUUACAACAUUUCGCCUUAGUUUGAGAAGUGAUUGAUGUCAUGUUCUGAAACCACUGCGAGAAAGGAAAUGUGUUUUAUAUUAUACUGGUGGCUAUAUUAACUAACUGUUUGUUCUGGUAGAAUAAAUUUAACAUUUACUAAAAUUAUCACUCAGACGAAGACGAAUGCCUGAACAACUCUCACAAUUGUAGCAAAAAGGCCACCUGCACCAACAUCGAAGGGUCCUUCAACUGUAGUUGCCAACCAGGGUACAUUGGAAAUGGCCACAACUGUUCAGGUUGGUUCUUGGAAUUCCUGUCUCGCUUUCUGUUAGUUUUGGUACUACUAAUUUAGGAAAAAAAGUAAAUGUUCAGCGAUGUACUACUAUAAUUAAUGCAGCAAAUUAUAGAAAAUUGUCACUCGCUCUUUUGAAAAUAUAUACAUUUACUUAUUUCAUUAUUAUUUACUUACUUAUUCAAAUCUAAUAUCUCUGACUCGUCACGCAUUGUGGAUAAAGUCAGAGCUCAUCUCUAAAUAUUUGCGACAUCAUGUAAAAUACACCCUCGGCUAACUCUUAAACAACGCGGAAAAACAAGAGGGAGUAACUUUAACCCGCUUUUCUGUACUACGACAGGAGUAAGAUAUCAAGAUGGUUGCCUGAGAUAAACAGUACCCAUUAAUGCAUGAUCGUACUACUUCUUUAAUUGGAAAAAGAGAGGUCCGGAACAGCUUUUUCAAGUCUUGGAGGGUGGCGUGGUGAGCGAAAAAAUUCUGACGUCAUUCUCAGUCACCCAACAAACAGUAGUUACACUUUUACAAAAACCUCUCGCCCAAUUUUACCCUGGACAGAAAUAUUAUGGUUCAUAAUGCGACCAAUAUUCCUGCCAAGUCAGUAAACAGAUAUUUUGAGAAAGGGAAUGUGUUUUAACCGAACUACGGUUAAAGCACUUUCCCUGUCCUAAAAUAUCUGUUUUACUGACAGACUGGUCACUAUAUUGUCUACCUGUUUGUUCAGUCACAAUAAAUUUAACAUUUAAUAAAAUUAUCACUCAGACGAAGACGAAUGCCUGAACAACUCUCACAAUUGUAGUGAAAAUGCCACCUGCACCAACACUGAAGGGUCCUUCAACUGUAGUUGCAAACCAGGGUACAUUGGAAAUCAGUCCUGGAAUUCCUGUCUCGCUUUCCGUUAGUUUUUAGACUUCUGGUUCAGUGCAAAAAGGGUUAAUGUCCAGUAAUGACUAAUAUUAUAAAUUGAGGUAAAUUAUAAGAAAUUGUUACUCGCUCUUUUUAUAAUAAUUUCAUUUAUUUAUUCAUUUUUUAUUUACUUACUUCUUCAAAUCUAACAUCUCAGUCGUCACGACUAUUAUCGGGAUAACGUCAGAGCUCUCUCUAAAUAUUUGCAUCAUCAUGUAAAAUACAUCCUCGGAUAACUUAUAAGGAGUAACUAAUAACCCCCUUUUCUGUACUACGAUGGGAAUAAUAAGAUAAGAUGAUUGACCGAGAUAAACACCAUCCAUUAAUGAUCGACUGAUUCUUUAACCCUUUAAACCCUAAGAUCUAAAUUAAAAUUCUCCUUUGUUGCCCCUAUUCAUUUACUGUAGAGGUAGUGGGGAGGAGUUGACAAAAUAUCAAGCAAAUACAUGUUGUGUGAUCAUGUCCUUAAUUCUCAUUACAACUCUGUUUUACAAAGCAUCGCUAUUACAAGGAGAAAUUUGAUGCUGAUCACUCUUAAGGUUUAAAGGGUUAAAUGAAAAAAAAAAAGAGAUCCGGAACAGCCUUUUUCAAGUCUUAGAAGGUGGCUUAGUACACAACAAACCAGUUACACGUUUUCAAACAGCUCUUGCACAAUUUUACUUUGGAUAGAAAUAUUAUGGUUCACAAAGCGACCAAUAUUCUAUUCCUGCCAAGUCAGGUUGUGGAUAAAUGCAGAAGCUCUUCUUGGCGGAGAAACCGCAUCAGUUCAUAUUAACCAUUACCACAGUUCACGACAUAACUAACUCGAGAGAAAAUUGUGUGUGUAGAAUUUGUAAGACCAGCGCUGAAUCACGGGAUCACUCGAAACGCAGAUGCAUGCAUGUACAAGUGUAGCUCUGCCCCAAAACAAAAACUAACAAUUAUACAAUACUGGCAGUGCUCGAACUGAUGCAUGGUUGAGACGCAUAUCAGGGAAUAAUGUUAUUACUUUGGAAAAUGCCAGUGAUCUCUUAAAGACAUUAACGCGAUGUCCAAUAGUCUUUGAACUACCCUAAAAAAGAUUGGUAUUAAUCUAGUACCCAUCCAUCCGUCAAACCCUCUAUUUACAUCCUUCCGUCCACGAUUAUCCCAUAAAAAAUGUAAUUUUGACUCCACUACACAACAUCAACAGACAAAACGUAAAGCCAAAUAAGUUUAUUUUGGGACGGCUUGGCGAGAACCAACCCUACAAAGUACUUAUGUAAAUACAAUAAUAGGUGAUUACUAGUGAAUACCUAAUGUUCAACACUCGUAAACUAGCUUUCACAAACGAAAAAACUCGUGCAACAAAUGGUCGCUCUUGACCUGAAUCCCCCAAACAAGCACAAAGGCUUGGUGCCAGUUAGCCUGGGGAAACUUAUUAAUAAAACUCUGACAACGGAUAACUGGCACAGGGAACACGGUAGGUAAAUAAGCAGGCAGGCUUAGUGCCAGUUAGGCGGCCAGUUAGGCUGAGGGAACUUAAUAAAACUCUGAUCAACGGAUAAUUGGGACUGGGAACACUUCAGGAGCACAGAGGCUGAGUGCCAGGAAAACUGGGAAUUAACUAUGACUUCACUAAUGCACCCAACAAGGCACGUAGCCCAAUAACCAGUAAGGCUGCCAGAAAAGGCUAGGGCAGGACAUUGAGGGUAAACAAAUGGAUAACGAACCUGGCUAGAGGUCUGUAACAUUGCGUGCAAUCUAAAUGCGUCAAACGAGACUUAAUUAUGUCGCCUCCUAAAGAGCGAUUUCGGGACAGCUGACCUAAGGACCCUAAGCAUACAUAUAAACUAAAUCUAUCAAAUAAAGGAGCAGGUGCAAAACUGGGAUAACUGUACCAGUACAUAAAAUAAGAAACGGGAAAAAAGCUGAAAACUAGCAGAGCUGAGCUACCGCAUACAAACUGAAGUAAAUGCCGUCAGACGGAGGCCAGAAAAAAAACUGCCCAAAAAAAACCCAGGAGGAAAAAAAUGCGGGCAGGAAAUCUGGGUAGGAACCAAGGCUCAAGCUCAAAGCCAUUCCUAUGGGACUUUACAAUGUAAUCGAGAAUAUGUUGCUUCUACAAAGUAAAUAAAAUAAAAAUUUAAGAAAAACCAAAGAGAGGUUGGCUCGUAAGCCUAGAUGACGUACACGUGAUAUACGCAGCCUUAUAUACCCCCAAUAUGGCUACCUAUAUUAUGGUGCACCUGGCCUAUUACCCAGGCGCUGUUGUAUCUCGUGCCGUCAAAAUAUUAAUUUAUUUCUGCCUUCUUCGCGGGCUCAUUUGUCAGAAAUAACAUUUCAGUUUUACCUCGAGUUUGAGCAAAUCGGACACCUAAAUGAACCAGUAAAAGAAAGCUAAAGAAGAUAUGUACCUUAGCAGAACCGUGCUAUUACUCACUUUCGCAUUCUCGCUCAUUUCGGAAUUGUCGCGUGGCUUUGCUGCUAUUCCUACUUGCUAUGGAGUUAAUGGUCUUUUUUGUUUGUUUUGACUGGUUUUGUUUUUAAUGUUAUCUUCGGCUUUCAUUUUGUUCAUUAUCAUUCUAAUAUUCACGCAUGCACGUCUUUUUUUAAAGAAAGAUUGGUCAUCCAUCCAUAUUCAUUCGUCGUCCAUUCACUAUGUACCGCCUAUCUACCUCUCUAUCUAUUCUACCUGCAGGACAUGAGUAAAAUGAGGCUGUGGCUAAGUUUGCAGAUAUAAGCAUAGAUUCCCUGACCGUGAUAUUUUCUCAUCCAUUUAACCUUUUUGUAUCGUCAAUGUGUUUCAAUUUUCAGAAUUUUCAAUAAACUCAACAAUAUUACAUGGAAAUCAGUAUUAUCUCCGACAUCUUCACCGUUUUCUUGCUAGCGCUCCUGGGGUUGGGGAGGAUUCUUCCUGGUUUCUUUGCUACAAUGCCACCGCACAUGGUUGGAAAGCCAAGACCUUCCAUGAUAGCUGUAACGGUAAAAGAAAUACUGUGACCAUCAUACAGGCAGGUCAAUAUGUCUUUGGAGGAUACACUGACAUUCCUUGGGGUAAG